AUGUCGCAAGAAGAUGGCGUAAAAAGGGGAAGCGGUCGCGGAGGCGAACAGUCAGUUCGUGAAGUCUUUCAGCAGCAGACCGGCCAGAGAAAAGAGUCCCAAACUGACGGCGACCAGUCCGAAGGGGCCGAGGCGAGCGGAGACCGGACGACCGGCCGCAUUGCAGAGGUCGGUAUCGCAGCAGUUCACGUCCAUGCUAAACGCCGCGUUAAGGUCCUUUUCGCAGCUACCCACGCAAUGCUUGGCGGUGGUGACGUGUCUGCUGUCCUUGUAGGAUAUGAUCGUCUUGGAAGGGGCAUUUGGGAAAUGGGAAUUUUGCAAAGAGCCAAUCACCGAUCAGACGAGCAGCUUCUCCGGCAAAUCGGCCCCGCAGACGGGAUUCAAGCUCGAGUCGGAGCAGUACAGCGUACAAUUUACAUACUUCUUUUUCACGUCACUCGUGGCAACAUGUGGAAAUUACACACCGCACUGCCACACGCCGGGCUCAAAUCCAGCUCAGCAGGCCGAAACUAUGGUACAAUCGAGUCGAGUCCAAUCGGGUUGGGCGAAAAUUCC